UCGAACGAUUUGAAUUUAACAGGCAAAUAAUUCGAAUUUCUUGACUAUAAAUUGAAUUAACUGAUUAAGAUCUUAUCAAUUAUCGCAUUCUUUGAAAUUUUUUUAAAAAAAUAUUACCGCAUAUUGCACAUGGCUCACAAAAUUUACGACUAUUCUGAUUUUAACGAUAAUAUUGGAACAGCUGGAGAUAAACUUGUGGUCGUAACUUUUAUCGGUUCUUGGUGCAAGCCAUGUAUUGAAAUGGAUCAUAUCAUCGAUGUUAUCUCCAAAGAAAAUAAAGAAAUUAUCUUCCUAAAAGUUUAUGUGGAUGAAAACGAAAAACUUGCAAAUGAUUUCGAUGUAAGCUGCUAUCCUACUACAGUUUUUAUAAAAAAUGAAAAUAGAAUCGAUGAAUUACUCGGAUCCAAUGAAAUUGCUCUUCGAGAAAUGAUCAGAAGAUAUCAAGCAGUGAGAAAUUAGACUUUCUUCUUAUUAUAAAUCUUUCUAAAUUGAUAUUUAUAACAACAAAGCAUGAAAAAUAUAUCCAAGAAUGCAUUAAUAAAUUUUAAUGGCUACUACCAUUUGAAAGAACUUUCUCACAAUUUUUAAACUUAUGAUUGAAUAUUAGUUUAUAAAAUUCAGUUACACAAAUUAUUUGAAAUACUUAUUUGAAUACUUAAUUUUGAAAUAAA